UGAAGGUGACGCGCCUUGUCACAAUUACCCGUCAUGGGCGGCGGGACGCCUUCUUUUAUAGCCUUGGGGUCUUAUUACGCGACAUGCGGUAAUGGUGUUUGAAUAACGCCAAAAUAAACAGCGAGACGCCUUCUUAUCGGUGGGGGUGAUCCGAGGUUAAGGCCAUACCGGACAUUGCCGGACGCCGAACUGAAAGCUCAAGUAUCCAUGAAGGAAGUACAGAGGGAUUUCACGAUAUAGGAUGUGAUUUUCUGGCAAACAGAAUCUUAUUUUUACCAUGUCGUCCAUGUGUUUCUCUCGAUGCUACACUGCACAUGACCGGAAGAUCGCCCGAUUAUUUGGACGUUACGGUCGACUGAUUGCGCGGCAUCCAUGGAUUUUCAUCAUCUGCUCCAUCAUUUUAAACCUUUUACUCGGGAUCGGCCUUCUUCGACUGGAGUUUGAAAACGACCUGGAGACGCAAUACCUACCAGAAAAUAAUCAGGCCUCUAAAGAUCGCGAUAUUGUGAGGAGCGUGUUUGAAUCAUCCAAUCAUGAAAACUAUCAAAUCCAUUCAUUGGCAGACGUCGGUUAUUUUGCCGAAGUUAUCAUUCGUUCAAAGAAUGGCGGGAAUGUAUUCGAUGCUAACGCACAUCGCGAGGUGCAGAAAAUUCACAACCUUAUUACAAAGAACGUAUUAAUUGUAGACCAGUCAAACAAGAAUUCGUCAUAUGAAUCUCUCUGCGCAAAAAGCAAUAAUAAAUGUGUUAUUUUCGGAGAGGAACUUCUCUCUGCAGAAUUUAUCAGAAAUUUGCAAAAUAAAAAUGUGACCUAUCCUGUGUACAAGGAAACAGUUCUGUUGUCCGCCAUGUUAGGAAAGGUGGUAACUGAUGGUGAUCGCCUAGUUUCAGCAGGCAUGUUAAAACUACGAUAUUACCUCCAGAAGCAUCCAUUAGAGCAGGGUCAUCUAUCAGAGAGAUGGGUCAAAGAAUUUGUGACUUUCAUACAGAGUACGCGGACAAAUUAUACAGAACUGGCCUAUACCUAUCACAGUGCUUUGGACGACGAGGUAACCAAAAGCUCCAUGGCUGAGGCUCAUCUGUUCAUGAUCACAGUGGGUCUCAUGGUGGUCUAUGCAUCCAUAACAACUGCCGGAAGACGCGUUGAUUGUGUUUACGAUCGGCAGAAUUUGGGACGCGUUGGCGUCUUCUGUGCGAUUCUCUCUAUGGUCCCUGCGGCGGGGAUAGCUAGCGCCUGUGGGAUGAAGUUCAUGAAUUCUGUUGGAGUCAUGCCUUUCUUGAUUAUAGGCAUUGGCAUCAAUGAUAUGUUUAUCAUCGUCUCUGGGCAUGCGCAGACUAUAGGACAGGAGAUGUCACUGGAGGAGAGAAUGGACCGCACUCUGAGGACCAGCGGACUGGCAAUCACAGUCACCUCCCUUACUGAUCUACUCACGUUCUUCAUUGGCUACACAUCUGUGUUUGUCACCAUCCAAAACUUCUGUAUAUAUACAGGUCUUGCUGUUUUCUUCUGCUACGUCAACCAGCUCACCAUUUUAGCGCCAUCUAUUGUCAUUCACCAGCAGAAGAUGGAUGCUGCGAAGCAUUCCGUGACGUGUAGAUCUACAAAACCCCGAGCACAGCUCCGAAGCGAGGGCUUCUCGGCGUGUUACGUCACUUGUUGCUCUGGAGAGAAGCCAACGUCACGAGCUGAUGUUGAAAGCUUGCUCGAGAUUUAUCCAAAACGUUUCGUUCAGUUCCUGGCUCGCCACAAUGCCUCUCGUGUGGUUGUUUUCAUUCUGUACCUGGGAUAUAUUGCUCUUUCUGUAUGGGGUGUUACAUCACUAAAGCAGGGCUUCAGAUUUUCAGAUUUGGCUUUGGAAAGUUCCGACUAUUACAAAGCUAGCACUUGGGAUUUCGAAAAUUUCCGAUGGGAAAUUCCACUUCAAAUUGUAUUCAAAGAUCCGGUAGAUUAUCAAAACGAAGAAAUGCGGCAGCAAAUAUUUAAAUUCCUUAAUAAACUUAAAAUGGAACCUCUUAUCAAAGAUAACCUAGAAAUAAAUUGGUUAUCGACAUAUAUUACAGUUGUGGGAAAUGGUACUUUUGGAGACAAAUUUACGUCUUUAAGACAUUUCUUAAAUGAAACAAGAAUUUUUAAGGGUGAUGUGAUAUUUUCACCAGGCUUUACAAACAUAAACUACUCAAGGUUUUACUUGUUUUCGGAGAAUUUAAGGACGAGUGACGUUCAGGGACAAUUUCUCCUCCGAAUUAGAGAGCUUGAGCAAUCAUCCAGACUACCGUGUUUUAUCUACUCACCACUCUUUGUUUUCUUUGAACAGUAUGCCAUCGUGGUAAGAAGCACGCUACAGACAGUUGGUGUUGCAGUAGCCGCCAUGUUUUUAGUUGCGUGUUUUUUCAUGCCGCACCCUCUUAUUAUAACUUUUGUGUCCAUCUCCCUUGUGUCAAUUCUUCUGGGAGUGUUCGGAUUUCUCCCGUUCUGGGGUCUUAACAUCAGCUCUGUCACAAUGAUCGAACUCAUCAUAUCUGUGGGAUUCUCUGUGGAUUUCAGCGCGCAUCUUUGUCACGCAUAUCUAACGUCACAAUCACGUGAGCGAAAGGGGCGUGUUCAGGAUGCACUUGAAUUGGCAGGCGGUCCUGUUAUAAAUGGAGCGCUGUCAACAAUUAUUGGCCUUGUGAUGUUGAAUUUCUCUGAGAGUUUUAUUUUUCAGUCGUUUUUCAAGGUGUUAUUCAUGGUGAUUGUGUUUGGACUUAUUCAUGCCGUACUCAUUCUACCAACUUUCCUCUCUGUCAUCGGACCAAAGGUCAGAAUAUUAUCAGAUACCAAACCCGACCCCAAAAUAAAAUCAGAUGUUUAUAAUGGUGUAAAUCAAGAUGUUUAUAAUGGCGCGAAUCUUCCUCUUGUUUGUGAAGAAAAUAUUUAACUGCAAAUAUCAUAAUAAAAGACUUAAGCAAAGUAUGAAAUACCUGGUUGACGGAAUAGAGUCUGAUGACUGAGAGGAGAGCAACAGGGACCGAGAGAUAAAAUACCCAAGUCGUGUGAAAAAUUUUAUCCCUCGAACGUGAAACACAUACGAAGCCUUGUCACCUUGACUGCUCUUUUGUUGGAUUUUAAGCGUCUUUUGGACAGUGUAAGACGUACAUGAUUAGGCCUAUUAUUUGAUAAUGUUUCCUCUGAAUCAAGUGGAUGAAUCUGUCUAAUGUAGGCGCGGAGCGCGUAAUGGUUAUUUAAAAGCUUGAAAGUUGUAUUAAAUAUCGGCAUUUGAUAGCUUGCUUAUUACAUCAGGAAAUAUUUUAUAUCGUAGAGUGGCCUUGGUGUAUCAAAUACACAACCUGUACAAAUCCACAACAUACCUGGGCUCCUGAGGCUCAUAUUUGGAAUAUUUCUACUUUUAAAAUAAAAAAAAAACCUAUGGUUUUA